UGCUUUGUCUCUAAUUAACCCCAUUUCUCUUCACUGGGCAAAUGUCCAGCCACUACCCCUCUUCAUUUUCCAUUAAUGGUCUCAUUUAAAUACUCAGUGAAUAACAUAAGCCAUCAGAUGAGAAGCUUCCUUCCUAACACCAAAUCUACUGACUUCAUGCAUGUUUGAUGGAUGGAAAAAACCUAUUCUCACUUAAGGCUGUCCAUGCUCUGCUUAUGCUGUGACAUUCACCUGCUCGAGAGACACCAUUUCUGCAAUUGUAUCUCAUUCCUUCUGGAAUUUCUCUCUUUCUACUGGAUUAUUAUCAACUGUUUACAAAUGUCCUUGUGUAUAUUUAACAAUAAAAUAACAACAAGUUAACUCUAAGACAUUACAGAAAGAACAAUAAGUGUGAACAGGGAGUUGAUCUAGCGUUGGGGUUUGGUAGAAAAGAUUAUAACAGGUUUUAGGAAAUCUAGAGACUUAGCAUUUCAGAAAUACACUUUUGAGUAGGCAUGAAACUUUGUGAAUGGAGAAUAGGGUUAAAACACUGAGAUAUCAGACAUUAGCAGAGGCUUCCCCCAGUUUAUUUCUGACAUUCCCAGGAACAUGCUGAAGGCAAUGAGGAACCACAGUGUCAUCUCUGAGUUCAUCCUCAUGGGGCUGUCUGCGGACCCCCAGACCCAGGCUCUGCUCUUCGUGCUGUUCCUUGUUAUUUACCUCCUGACCCUGAUGGGCAAUCUGAUGUUGCUGCUGGUGAUUGGGUUUGACUCUCAUCUUCACAUCCCCAUGUACUUUUUCCUGAGGCAGCUGUCCUUCCUCGAUCUCUGCCACUCCUCUGUCACUGUGCCCAAGCUGUUGGAGAAUCUGCUGUCUGAGGAGAAAACUGUCUCAGUAGAAGGCUGCCUGGCUCAGGUCUUCUUUCUGUUUGCCUCUGGGGGCACUGAGUCCUGCCUACUCACUGUGAUGGCGUAUGACCGCUAUGUUGCCAUCAGGUCUCCUCUGCUCUAUGGCCAGGUGAUGAACAGACAGCUCUGUAUGGGGCUAGUGUGGGCCUCAUGGGGUUUGGCUUUUCUGGAUGCUCUCAUCAAUAUCCUUGUAGCUCUCAAUUUAGACUUCUGUGAGGCUCAAAAUAUCCACCACUUCUGCUGUGAGCUGCCCUCUCUCUACCCUUUGUCCUGCUCUGAUGUGACUGCAAGUUUUACAGCCCUGCUCUGUUCCAGCAUCCUGCAUUUCUUUGGAAAUUUUCUCCUGAUAUUUUUCUCCUACGUUCGCAUUUUGUCCACCAUCCUGGCCAUCAGCUCCACCACAGGCAGAAGCAAGGCCUUCUCUACCUGCUCCUCCCACCUCACUGCAGUGAUCUUCUUUUAUGGCUCAGGAUUUCUACGCUACCUCAUGCCCAAUUCUGGAUCCACUCGAGAGUUAAUCUUCUCCUUGCAGUACAUUGUGAUCACCCCCAUGCUGAAUCCCCUCAUCUACAGCCUGAAGAACAAGGAGAUGAAGGCUGCUAUGAAAAGGAUGUUGAGAAAAUGUUUCUAGUGCUUC